AUGGUUAUCGUUUGUGUCCUGGUCCUGGUCCUGGUCCUGGCCCUGGCCCUUGUCCAAGUUCCAGUCGCCCUGGUCGCUGUAACCUGCAACCUGUUGGCCUUUUGGCCCCGGUCACGUCAAAUCCGCGCGUAUCUGCAAGUUCCAACCACCUGCCGUCCCACUCCUUGCAACUGCCAGCUGCUGCCGCACAGUAAGUCAAUCGUCAGUUGUAAUGUGAUCUAUUGCGCUCUAGCGUCCUUUUCUCCCGUUUCCCAUUUCUCCCAUCAUCAUAAUCACCACCAUCAUCAUUAUUUUCUCUACCAACCAUGCCUCUUUUCUACCUGUAACAACCCCCUCUCUCCCCCGAUCCACCCUUUUCCUCGAUGUUGGCCUUCUCUCCUCCUGCUUCCGCUUUCCUGCUUGGCUCGGCCUGAUCUUGGUGUUUCUCUUCCGCCUCUUUCUCCUUCUUCUACUGCACCAGCGGCGGCUACCUUUGGCCUAGUUUCAUUGGUUUUACUUCAUACUUUCAUUAUUUUGUUUUCGCAAAUUUUAUCCAUUUUCAAAUUCUUUGCCCUGCGAAUAAUUUCUCAAGCACAGAGUACUCCGCCUUGGCGCCCAGCACCACCCCCCGGCAAGGAGGAGUUCGAGAGAAAAGGAAGAAGAAGAGAAGGAGAAAAAAAAAAGAAAAAAAAAGAGAGGACACCCACCACCCAGCAAUUCCACCCACGUUCGCUCCACUGCGGCGUCGCCAGUCUCUCGUUUCCUGACCCCUGCUUGCUUUCGACGGGGGUUUCUAUUUUACUUUACCACUGUUGUUGCUAUCUGCAUCUCCCCACGCAUCCAAGUACUGCUGCCGUUGCCGUUGUUGUGCAGCUGCAGAAACCAGAUCAGAUCAGAUACACCAGCCGACACCUCGCUCCGCUGGACACCAAGCACUGGUCCACCGGCACGCACCACCACCAUCACCUCACCUCAUUCACUUGUGCUCUUCCUUGCCUGCCUCUUCCUUGCCUGCCUCUUUCGCUUCCCUCCCCUUGGCACCUACUUCUUUUCCACCUAGGGCUGCCUUGCCAUCACCACCUCGUCUUCUGUUCCUAUCUUCCUCUUCCCCCUCCACCCCCCAAACCCAUCCCGACCCGACCACCUACCCCAAGGUUGUUGCCGACGACGGAGACGACGAAAACACGCCAUCAGCCCCGAUCAAAUCGCCUGCGCGUCCUCCCACCCACCUACCUACUGAGCCAUCUACCACACCUUAAUCGACUCCUGGGUUCCCCGACGAAGAAGAAGGAAGGACCAUCGUGGGCCAUCGUGGACCAUUGCUCACUAACCAAGGAGGGAGCACUAUUAUUAUACUCGCCCAGCUCUUGUCUCACACACUUCCAAUUCUUAUUCCCGAUUCCGCGCGCUAGUUGUCUCUAGGGGCAAUCAUCUCCGUCUCUGGUGCGUGGCUUGGCUGGCUCUCCUUUGCUAGUACCAGUACCGUUCGCCGCCUUCACUUUUGGAUUUCACAUCUGAACCUUUUUACCCUCUCUGUCCGUCCUUGGCGCCAACAAAUUU